CACUGCGCUGGCUUCUCGUCCUUGUAUUUUUAGGCGAAAUGUCGGCUUCAGAGUCUCCCAAUACCGGUUCGAAACCCGGCAAUCAGGAUACGGGCUACAUACCGGGCGACGAUACCUGGACGCAAUGGCGCAAUAUCUUCUCCAUCCUAGCAGGGCGAAUGACAAAUGAAGGGAAAGAACAAUUCCGUGUUGCUCGAGAUAUCCGGAAUGAGGCCGCCGAUUGCAAACGUUGCGAGGAUCAGCGCGAUUAUCUCUUACAGUUCAGUCCCAUAAUCCGAUUCAUGAGUGACAGCAUUCGACAGCUUGGGGGAGACCUUCAUAGCCAUAAUAUUUAUUGUCGCCGAUGUACCAAUCGAAAAGCUGGAGGCUUCGACCCCGAUUAUGGUAUUUUAAUUUGCGCGAACGAGAUGAAGGACCAGGGACAUCUGGAGGAUACAAUGGCUCAUGAAAUGGUCCAUGCCUACGAUCACCUCAGAUUCAAAGUUGACUGGAUGGACAAUCUGCGGCACGCAGCUUGUACCGAGAUUCGAGCCAGCUCCCUCAGCGGUGAAUGUCGGUGGGCGCGCGAGUUCUUCCGGAGGGGCCAGUGGAAGUUUACACAGCAGCAUCAAGAGUGUGUUAGAAGAAGAGCUAUCCUGUCUGUGCGAGCAAGGCCAACAUGCAAGGAUGAAGCCCAUGCAGAGAAGGUUGUAAAUGAAGUAUGGGACAGCUGUUUUAGAGACACCCGACCGUUCGACGAGAUCUACCGAUGAUACUACUAUUUUUCGAGCGCUGCAGUCCUGCGAUAAUGGCCACUCAUGUGUAUAUAGUAUUUGAUACGCCACCUGCAAAGAUAUAUCAUUAAAUAAU